AUGGAGCCACUUGAGCCCUUCACAUGGUGCCACUUGCCCUUCACAUGGCGCCACUUGCCCUUCACAUCGAGACACUUGAGCCCAUCAGACAGACACCUCCAACCGACACUGACCGCGCGAGAGAAACGAUUCGUGAAUCACAGUGGUACCGAUGGCGGCGGACAAAGUGGCGCGUCUCUUCGCACGUCUAUGCUGGUGGUGGCGGGACAGCGUGACUACGCCACUCGCCGCCGCUGA